CGCGCGCCUGGGAUUUUCGAUGGCCGGGCAGGGGCUGGCGGCGGGCUUCUUGCAGGUGCCCGCGGUGACGCGCGCCUACACCACGGCCUGCGUCCUGACCACCGCCGCAGUGCAGCUGGAACUCCUCAGCCCCUUCCAGCUCUACUUCAACCCGCACCUGGUGUUCCGGAAGUUCCAGGUCUGGAGGCUCAUCACGACAUUCCUCUUCUUCGGGCCCCUGGGAUUCGGCUUCUUCUUCAACAUGCUCUUCGUGUUCCGCUACUGCCGCAUGCUAGAGGAGGGUUCCUUCCGCGGUCGCAAGGCCGACUUCGUCUUCAUGUUUCUCUUUGGUGGUGUUCUUAUGACUCUGCUGGGAUUCCUGGGCAGCCUCUUUUUCCUGGGACAGGCCCUCAUGGCCAUGCUGGUCUAUGUAUGGAGCCGGCGCAGCCCUCAGGUGAGGGUCAACUUCUUCGGCUUACUCAACUUCCAGGCGCCAUUCCUGCCCUGGGCCCUCAUGGGCUUCUCCAUGCUGCUGGGCAACUCUGUCCUCACAGACCUGCUAGGGAUUGUUGUGGGCCACAUCUACUACUUCCUAGAAGAUGUCUUUCCCAACCAGCCUGGAGGCAAGAGACUGCUGCUGACUCCAGGCUUCCUGAAGCUACUACUAGACGACCCUCAAGAGGACCCCAAUUACCUGCCCCUUCCAGAAGAGCAACCAGAGCCCUAACUGCAGCCCCUGGAGCAGUAAACCCACUUGGCAGCGUGAGGCUUUGGCAGGGCUCUACCUUCUACAGCCAAGCAACCCAUCUAGGCUGGGCCCAACAGGCUUGGGAGCUCAGCCAGCAACACCCUACCCUCCUGCUGUCACCUAUCUCUCUGCUCAACUUGUAGGUGGUAGGACAUGGGGCCCAGGCCCAGAGAGGGUGAAGACUGUCUGCAGAUGCCCAGGAGAGCUCCUGACUAACUACAGACCCACAGUUCCCAUCCUCAUGCUGCCAGUGCCUUGAUGGAGCACCAGGAACAAGUCUUAAACACCCAGGAUCAUGUCCAGUCUCCUGGUAUCCUGCCUGGGGUGUCUGUGGGCUGAUGUCCAUUCUCCUAGCCUCUCUGUCCUCAUUUAAAGCAAGCAAGUCUUCACGUUCUUCUCUGGCUGGUGACCCAGCAGAGAACAAGUUUGGUCCUUUGCCACUCUAGUGAGCCCGGGACCUGGAGCUCCAUUGUAGCAGCACCCUGUGUAAAGCAGAGGUAGUUCUGAGAUGUUCUGUUUACGGAAGGCCUGCGAGUCCUUCCUACCCUCACCUCCUCUCAACUGAGGGUGUCGAUGUGGCCAGUUUUCCUGUGCUCCAUUGGAGCUUACUCCUGGAUGCCCAAGAGCAUGGGAAUUCCCCAAACCACUGUUUGUUAUUUCUAUGGUAACAAAAAUGUUUUCUAUCAAGUCUGACUCAAGUUUGUAGUGAAACCUGGUGGGGCCGAAGUUGUGUUGCUGUGUGGGGUGUAGGUGCUUAAAGCAGGCAGGGUCUAGGGUGUGGGGAGAGGAAUAGAACACUCCCUAGGAGCACCUGCUGAGAGAGGGUAGCAGCAGACUGUAGCUGGGUGCCGGGAUCACUGUCUUCAAUCACAACUUGUAUGCCCAGUUUGCCAAGCAGAGCCUGGCUUACUGCAGACCCAUGUCACCUUAAUGGAUUCUAUGUCCAUUCUAUACCAUACCACAAACCACGGACAAAGGGAAUGAGUAGCUUACCAAAAGCACAGCUUGGGGUAGGGGUAGAGGGCUGUACCUCUUCUCCACAUACUGCCAACUCC